AUGCUUAUUUGGGGGAAAUUGAAGUUGGGCUUUGAGGUACACAUAGACUUCCUGUUUGACAUGUUUCCUCCACUGCCUAAUGCCACCUGCUGCAGAAUAAAACGAGGACCAGAUGACAACGAGGAUGAAAACCACCAUCCCCCUCGUUCUAAGAGAACAAGGAAGGACCAGGCCCUACAGGAUCCUCGUGCUAUGGAGGCGACAAGCAGUGAAAAUAGAAAGAACCAAACCAACAUCAAUAAUCCCAACCAUGAGAGAGUGCCCGAAAAUGACGUAAAUCAGAGCACUGCUAAAUUAGACUCCAGUAUCCCUGGGUUGUCCCAAAAGGAGGAGUAUGAAGUCUGCCAAGACCAAGAAUCUUACUCACAUAUUAACAACAUCUUGAAGGAGGCUCAUUUUUAUAGCCUCCAAAAGAGAAGACAUUCUCUGAGCUGA